CAUAUCCACAGCACGACAGGACCUUCGAUCGGAAAAGAGACAGCCUUCGACUUUCGUUGUACAACAUAAUCACUACACCACCCACACCACCGUCAACAUGCGUUACUCAAUCGUUGCCCUGGCUGUCGCCUCUACCAGCGUCUAUGCCCAGACCACCUGCUCUCCCAUUCCAGGCACAAUCGUUCAGCCAUCCGGUGCUCCUCAGAUCACAGCAUGUGCGAACUCACUGAAACUCGGCGACCCAUGCGGAUCAGACCAGCAGUGCCCAGCCGGCGUCGAAUGCUUUGGCUCUACUGCAGGAACCAUCCGUACUUGCGGUAGCUUCAACGCCGUCUGCACCAACGACAGCCAAUGUGCCACCAACACCUGCAACAACGGUCUCUGCAAUGGCCUCAAGCCAUCUCCAUCCUCAUCCUCAAGCUCCGCAGCCCCAACAUCGACCUCCACCACAUGCGCCGCACCAGGCGCCUACGACGCACAAGGCCGAUACAGCUGCAAUCCCGCACAUUCCUAUCCUGCAGGGCAAACCUGUACAUUCAUCAACGGCUGCCCACUCCUCGUCAACGCAACCGCAUCUUCUUCUUCGACUUCCGCCCCAACCUCAUCACCGACUUCGACAUGCCCUGCGGCCGGCAGCUCAGAUAGCCAGGGCCGAUACAGCUGCAAUCCCGCACAUGCUUAUCCUACAGGCCAAAAAUGUCAGUUGGUGGACGGAUGCUACUUCCUCGCCUCCGCCACCAGCACCAGCACCAGCACCAGCACCAGCAGCACGACUAUGGCCCCAAGCUACGGCGGCGGAAACACCACUGCUACAGCUGGUUCAACCGGCUCUGCCGGCUCUCCCGCUGCCCCAAAAUCCUCCGUCACUCCAUACACCGGCGGCGCUUCUGUCACUGGCGCAUUGAGCGGCGUGGCUGCCAUUGCUGUGGGCAUCGUUGCAUUCGUCAUGUAAACUUUAGAGCAGCGAUUGAGCGAAUUUUAGAAAGAAAAAAAAACAAAAUGUCUUGCGGGCACAGGAAUGGGGGAAAAAAAUGGGUGGGUGGCGGCGUGUAUGAAUUACCCAAAAAGAUUCGAGCGAUAUAUGUAUGCAUUAGCGAUAUUUAUUCUUAAUAAUGAUAAUGAGAAAGGAUGAAAAAAUCUUUGGACAACAUC